UUUUUGCCAACCGCUAGUGGACAAGGCAUUGGACUCUGCAGCAAGAGGUAAGUGGCGUGGCGGCUGCCUGCCUCUGACUUACAUUUGUAUUAUUGCCCGUCUUCCUUCUCACCUUCAGGCAUCUGUAAAUGGCGAAAUCGUUGGUCCGAUACUCAGUGGUGGACGCCUUCACUGACUCCCCAUUCAAGGGGAACCCGGCGGCAGUGUGCUUCCUGGAGGAGGAGAAGGCCGACGACUGGCUGCAGGCGGUGGCCACCGAGUUCAAGAUCUCCCAGACCUGUUACCUCACUCGCACAUCGGGCCCGGCGAGGUUCGGUCUCCGGUGGUUCACCCCCGUCGCCGAGGUCAAGCUAUGCGGUCAUGCGACUCUAGCGGCUGCUCACUCUCUUUUAUCGUCUGCUAGUGUAGAUUCCGAUGUUAUCGAGUUUAAGACCUUAUCGGGGAUUCUAACUGCUAAGAGGGUACCCGAGGUCAAGACUCCUUGCAUCUCAGUUACCCAGAAUGGGGAAGCUGCAUGUUUCUUUAUUGAGCUGGAUUUUCCGAUGGUCCCAGUUUCGGAUUACAGUGGUGGCCAGUGGGCAUUAAUCUCCAAAGCAUUGAAUGGCACCUCGGUUAUCGAGAUGAAGAUGACAGCAGCAGAUGACCUCCUUGUUGUUUUCUCAUCAGCUGAAGAAGUUGAAAAUUUCCAGCCUCAGUUUGAUGAGAUAGAAAAGUGUCCCGGAAGGGGCCUGUUGAUAACAGCAGCAGCUCCCCCAGAUUCCAGUUUCGAUUUUUACAGUCGAUUCUUCUGUCCAAAGCUCGGAAUUUAUGAGGAUCCUGUCUGUGGGAGUGCACACUGUGCCUUAGCACCGUAUUGGUGCGAGAAACUCAGGAAGGAUCAAUUUAUAGCAAAUGCGGCAUCUCCUCGAGGUGGAGUACUGCACCUGCAGCUCGACAAGCGGAACCAACGAAUGCUGCUGCGAGGUAAAGCUGUUACUGUAAUGGAAGGCUCUCUUCUCGUUUAGUCAGUCAUUUUUGGGCGGGGGGAGUGGGGGAGUGUCAAUGAAGCUGAUCAGAUUGGCCUCUUUGGAUUUGGCACAUUGCAACGAUGACAAAAGACAGUAGUCGGAUACUCAAGAAAUCGUCAAUCAAACCUUGAUGCCCCAAUUUGGACAAUCUCCAAUUGGAUUCGGCAUGGAAUAAUGCCAUUGUUCUAGGCUCAUAAGUCUCCCUUUAUAACCGAAAUUAGACUACAUGUUUACUUGAAUAUUGUUUCAUAGAUAAAUUAUCCAAGUUUUAAUGUGAUUUAUCUUUAAUUACUAUUUUAAGUCUAAGAUUGUAUGUGCCAAAGGUUUUAUUAUGAUUUAUCUUUAAGAUUGUACGUGCCAAAGGCAAUCAUUUCUGUAUGUGUUUUUAAUUAAAUAUUACAAUAAAAUAAUCAUUUCAUGUA